AUGAAUGUUACUAUGGACCUGUCUGAAAUUGACCGGAGUCACCGUGUGGGCAAACCCAAUCAAACUGGAGGUCCAAGACCUAUUAUCGUUAAAUUUAUCUCGUACCGAGCCAGGCUGCAUAUGUACUCGGCAAGGGCUUCACUAAAAACCAAUGGUAUAACUGGAACCUAUAUAAACGAGGAUCUUACGAGACAGCGCAGCUUCGCCUUUUACACUGCACGAGUUUUGGUCAAACGUAAGAAACUCAACAGUUGCUGGACAUCAGAUGGUGUAGUGCUAGUGAAGGACAAUUAUGAAAACAUUCACCGUGUAACAAGCAGUGAUGAUCUUGCAAAUUUUGAACAUUGCUAA